UUUAUCUUCCUUUUCCAACUCCCAAAUUAUAAUGUUAAAAUGGUACUGAGUUAUUAACCGGCGAAACAUAUUAAAAGGGCACACCACCUAGGUUUGCGCAUCAUUCUUCUAUUCUUUUCCUUCUGUUAAUUAAUACAUCCUUAUUAUAAGGUACUGUGAGAGAGAGGAUAUGAAUGUGACCAUGUUAAUGAAAAUUAAAUGUUGGUAAUGGUCUUCUUGGGAAACAACACUCUCUUUCCUUCUCUCUCUCCUUGCAUUCACCUUCCUUCACAAAACCAUCACACUUCAGAUCUCAACCUCUAGUUUCUCAUAUCUAUAUGCAAAAUGAAAAACAUGACAGACAUAAUAUCAUGUUUCAACGAAAACGCAGUGAGUGUGUCACACUCCUCAUGUUCUAGCUACUCAAACAACGCUUGCAUACCUCAUAGUGCAACAACACCACCUUCAACUCAAAACACAGUUUCUUCGGUCUACAAAACAACCCUCUCCAACCAAAAGCAGCUUCUCAUCACAGUCACGUGGUGCAAAACACACUCCUAUCAAGGCCUCACCAUAACCUUCGGAGACGACGGCCACGUGGCACCCUCUUUCAGACUCAACACCAGUUCAAGGUUCUUCCGCAAGAAGAAGGGAAGCAAGGUGGUGGAAUUGGGAGACUCGAAGGUUGAAGUCUUUUGGGACCUUACAAAGGCCAAGUACAACACUGGACCCGAACCUGUUGAAGGGUUUUACGUGGCAAUUCUUGUUGAUGCAGAACUAGGCCUUAUUCUGGGUCAAGAAAACAACAAGUUCAAAGAAAGAACACUUGUGAAUAAUGUGACACUUUUGUCACGGCGUGAGCAUUGUUCUGGUAACGCGGUUUACGCCACGAAGGCUCAGUUUUGUGACAGUGGCACUUGGCAUGACAUUUUGAUCAGAUGCAGUGGGGAGAGUGAGGGGCUGAAGGCUCCUGUUUUGUCUGUUUGCAUUGAUAAGAAGACGGUGAUUCGUGUGAAGAGGCUGCAGUGGAACUUUAGGGGGAAUCAAACCAUUUUUGUUGAUGGGUUGCUGGUGGAUUUGCUUUGGGAUGUUCAUAACUGGUUUUUCAAUCCUGAUUCUUCUGGCUAUGCUGUGUUCAUGUUCAGGACUAGGAGUGGCUUGGAUAGCAGAUUGUGGUUGGAGGAGAAGACGGUGCAGAAAGAUAAAGAUAGAGUUGAAUUCUCCUUGUUGAUCUAUGCUUGUAAGAGUUCAUAACUAAAUCUUCUUCGUCACAUCCUUUGCAUCAAACAAUCCUGUUCGAGGAGUAAUUAAGACUACUCAGAAAGAAGAUAAAGAUAAAGUUGACUUCUCCUGGUUGAUCUAUUCCUGUAAGAGUUCAUAAGGGAACUUAGUCAUCAGAUCCUCAAUCCUGCUAGAGCCAAGUAAGACUACUCUGAGAUGUGUCAUCUGACUAUUUAACACAGCUGUAUACUGGAACUCAAACUUGAAAUCCCUUCUUAAGAUAAGGGAACUUGUUCAUCUUAAUUUUCUUAACAUUUUUUUUUUGUGUGUAUUGUAUAUUUGAUUCUUGCUUUAACUCUUUGUUUUUUCUCUUUCCCCUUUCUUCUUGAAAGGAUACACACUAAUUGUUUUUUACCAUAGGAAAAUGAAUGAAAAAUAAAUUUUGAGUUGCAGAAAUUUGAGUGAUAUCAGAAUAGUUGGUUCACUGGUUGAGCAUGUGAUCUUAGUUUCUUUAUGUUUUUCCUCGGGACCUGAAUGGUACUGAUCUUUGACUGUUCGCUAGUACUGGAUUUCUACCAAUUACCAAACACUAGUGAAAAAAAAAACAGUACAGAUGAGUUAGAUUUAUUUAUUUUUAUUCUUUUCAAGAAAGAGAAUCAAGAAAAGAGUUUUGGGAUUAAGACAUGUAUAUCAGUGAAGAUUU